UAGCUUUGGUCAAGUUCGUGAUCGUUGUAUAUUAGGAAGUACGUAAUUUCAUAAUCUGACACAAGCGAAACAAAAUUCGCUUUUGAAGUAUUCAUUGAAGAUAUACAUACAAAGAUCAAUAACUUGUUUUCUGGAAGAAUUGUGAAAAUGACAAAUAAAAAGAGGGCCAAAAAGCAAAAAUCCACAUGUAGAUCACCUGACAGACAGCGAGGGGCAAAUGAUAUACCACAGCAAGGACCAAGUGGUAUACCACAGCAAGGACCAAGUGGUAUACCACAGCAAGGACCAAGUGGUAUACCACAGCAAGAGCCAAGUGCUAGACAACAGCAAGGGCCAAAUGGUAGACAACAACAAGGGCCAAAUGGUAGACAACAGCAAGGGCCAAAUGGUAGACAACAGCAAGGGCCAAAUGGUAGACAACAGCAAGGGCCAAAUGGUAGACAACAGCAAGGGCCAAAUGGUAGACAACAGCAAGGGCCAAAUGGUAGACAACAGCAAGGGCCAAGUGGUAGACAACAGCAAGGGCCAAGUGGUAGACAACAGCAAGGGCCAAGUGGUAUACCAGGGCAAGGACCAAAUGAUAUACCAGGGCAAGGGCCAAGUGCUAGACAACAGCAAGGGCCAAGUGAUAUACCAGGACAAGGGUCAAAUGGGACACAACAACAACAAUCGGCAUAUAUUGGACAAAAGCAGGCACUUUCCUCACCAGAGGGAUGUUUAUAUGAUGUCCAACCACACACAUCUGCUUCAGAACAGCCACAGCAGGUAACUGCUGUAAUUCCAAAACAUAAAAUAGUGCUUCCAAAACAUGUGCAAGAAUAUUACUGGAAUCAGAUGCCACAAAAAUCUGGUGUAGGAACUGUGGGCAAAAAAAUUACAGUAGAAACAAACAUGUUUAGACUCAUCUUUCCUAAAAAUUUUGAAACAAAUGUUAUUCAUUAUGAUGUAGUCAUUACACCAGACAAACCAAAAUGUUUUUUAAGAUCUGUUUUCGAAGAAUUUAGAAAAAUACAGUGUCCAAAGAGAUACCCUGCAUUUGAUGGUAGAAAAAAUGCAUAUAGUGCAAAUGAUCUUCCCUUUGGUGAUCAAAGUAAGGAAGAAGCAAUAACUCUUUUUGAUAAUGAAUUGCAAAAAGAAAGAAUUUUCAAGAUACAUUUAAAAAAAGUUGCGUUUCUUGAUUUGUCAUGGAUCAAAAAUUUAAGCUAUGAUGCAUUUGAGUCUGACACAAAACAGCAAUGUAUUCAGGCAUUGGAUAUCAUUUUGCGCCAUGGACCUGCAUCGCGAUACGUAACGGUUGGUAGAUCACUUUUUCAAGCACCGGAACCAGGUAGAGUUGUGUCAUUGUCGAAUGGUUUAAAUUUAUGGUUUGGUGUAUUCCAAUCUGUUAUAGUUGGAUCUAGAGCAUAUUUGAAUGUAGAUGUUGCACAUAAAGGAUUUCCUAAAGAUCAAUCAGUUAUUGAUUUGAUGAAAGAAUUAUGUCAGAAUCCUAGAAGUGGUGUAGUGCUGGAGAAUCUAACUCCAAGAGACAUAAAAUAUAAUCAAGAUAAAAUAUCGAGAUUUUUAAGGGGAUUAAAAGUUCAAUAUGAAUUGCAAGAUCAACCUGCCAGUAAAAGAAUUUAUGUCAUAAAUGGAUUAGUCAAUUGUGCAAGAGAAAACAAAUUUACUUUAAAAGAUGGAAGUACUUCUACGGUUGAACAAUAUUUUUUACAAGUGAAAAGAUAUAGAAUAAAAUACCCUGAACUGCCUUGUCUUUGGGUAGGAUCUAAAAAUAGCAAAAUUCACGUACCUGCCGAGUUAUGUACAAUUAUAGCUGGACAAGCUGUACGGAGAAAACUGGAUGAAGUUCAGACUUCUAAAAUGAUUCGCGAAACAGCAACUAAUACCCAAAUACGCAAAGAGAAAAUUAUGAAUGGCUUUGCUAAGAUGGAUUUGAACCAUCAACCAAGUUUACUGAAUGAAUUUAAUUUCUCUGUACAUGGAGAAUUUGAAAAAGUGCCAGCAAGAGUUCUUGAAGCUCCCAAGUUACAAUACAAUGACAGAGAAGUUAACGUAUUUAGGGGAACCUGGAGAGCAGACAAAUUUUUAAAACCAUGUGAUUUGCCAGAAAAUUCAUGGACUAUAUUAAAUUUAGACGGAUACGUGCGUGAUUCUGAUUUACAUAAUUUACACGAUAAACUACGACGCGAUGGUUCAUCUCUGAACAUGACAAUUGAGAGGGCACUAACUCCAUUCGCAAGGUUAAGAUUAGAAAAUGAUAUUACGAACAUUAUUGGAUAUUUUGAGCAAAAAAAGAAACAAAAUAUAAGAUUAGUACUAGUAAUACUUCCGAAUAUGGACAGUGCUUACAGUGUUGUAAAACAAAUUUCCGAACUUAAAAUACUCGGAGGUAUUGUAACUCAAUGUAUAAAACAGCAAACUAUGAGAAAAUUAAAUGAUUCAACGGUUGGAAAUAUUUUGUUAAAAAUUAAUUCAAAGCUUAAUGGUGUUAAUCACACCUUUGUUCGUUCUUAUCGUCCGCCUUGUUUAAGAGAACCAUGCAUGAUCGUUGGUGCCGAUGUGACUCAUCCAUCCCCUGAUGCGACGAAUAUACCUUCGAUUGCAGCUGUUGCAGCAAGUCAUGAUCCCAAUGCUUUCCAAUAUAACGUUGAAAUAAGACUUCAGCUGCCAAGGGAAGAAAUGAUACAUGACAUGGAAGAAAUUAUGAUAAUUCAGUUGAAGUACUUUUAUGCGAAAACAGGAUAUAAGCCUAAAAGAAUAAUCUUUUAUCGAGAUGGUGUAAGCGAUGGACAACUUUUACACGUGAUGCAUUUUGAAUUGGAAGCAAUAAAAAGAGCUAUAAAUCGUUUAAACAGAAAUGAAGAGCGUGACAUUGCGAUCACAUUUUUUGUAGUUCAAAAAAGGCAUCACAUACGUCUUUUCCCGACUGACAAAAGAAAUUCCGAUGAUAAAAACUUCAAUGUACAAGCAGGCACUGUCGUUGAUACAGAAAUUACGCAUCCAACUUAUGGAGAUUUUUAUCUUGUAUCUCAUGCUAGCAUACAAGGUACUGCCAGACCUACAAAAUACAGAUGCAUAUGUAAUGAAAGUCAAAUGGGGGAAGAUGAAGUUGAGCAACUUACGUAUUAUCUUUGUCAUAUGUUUGCACGAUGUACACGAUCUGUUAGUUAUCCUGCACCUACAUACUAUGCUCAUUUAGCUGCUUUUAGAGCAAGAGCAUUAAUACACAAUGUUCCCUUAAAUAUUGAUAAGCUCGGAGAGGAGCAGAGAAGUAAAAUGACUUUACAAAUAAAUAAAAAUUCACCUAUGUUUUUUGUAUGAGAUGUAUAUAAAACAUGUGAUAAAAUGAGAUAAAAAAAAUGAUUAGACACUA